GAUUGGUAGCUUCACUCUUACUUCCGGCAACGUCGGUAGGGAAUAACAAACAUGGCCGUGCUGAGUGUGUUGCGGACGGCGACUGCUCUUUUGGCACGACGACUUCCCAUUAAACCGAAGUAUGUGACUGAGAAAACCCUGCUUCGGCCCUUAGCCAGGCCCGACGUUGUAGUUCGCCAUGGUAGUCAUGGGAAACAGAUGUUUGUCAUCAAGGCCAGUCAAUAUUAUGAUCGUCGUUUUUUGCGCCUCCUGAGUUUCUAUAUUUUAUUAACUGGAAUACCAGUGGCUGCGUUAAUAACCUUUGUGAAUAUUUUUAUUGGUGAAGCUGAGCUUGCAGAUAUUCCUGAAGGUUAUGUUCCAGAGCACUGGGAAUACUACAAGCAUCCCAUAACCAGGUGGAUUUCAAGAAAUAUUUAUGACCCACCUGAGAAGAGUUAUGAGAAAAUGAUGGCCCUUAUUGCAAUUGAAGAAGAGAAAGCAGAUCUGAGGCUUAAACAGCUUGAGGUUCGCCGGCUGAUGAGAGAAAGAGGUGAUGGCGCUUGGUAUCAAUAUGAAACGCUGGAUAAAAAUUUAAUUGAUAAUUCUCCAAAGUCGAGCCCAGAUUACUAAAUUGAUUACUAAGAUUGCUGAAUAGAGUAUUUACCAAUACCAAGAAUGUAUGGAACUCUUGUUUAGUAAGUUAUCAUGUAUAUGUUUGCAUCAUUAUUAUCUUGACAAAUAAAUUGUCUUAAUCCAAUUGAACCAUG